GUGAGCGAUUGGUGGGAGCAAUACGUUUACCUGCGCAGCCGCGGCCCGCUCAUGGUCAACAGCAACUACUACGCCAUGGAUUUCCUCUACGUGACGCCCAGCCACGUUCAGGCCGCACGGGCGGGCAAUGCCGUGCACGCCAUCCUGCAGUACCGCCGCAAGCUGGACCGCGGCGAGAUCCCGCCCACCAUGGCGCUGGGCGUCGUGCCCAUGUGCUCCUCGCAGUCGGAGCGGAUGUUCAACACCACGCGCAUCCCGGGCAAGGAAGCGGACACCCUGCUGCACCUGCUGGACAGCAAGCACCUGGCCGUCUACCACCGCGGCCGCUUCUACAAAGUGUGGCUGUACCACGGCGGGGCUCCGCUCCCGCCCCGCGACCUCGAGCUGCAGUUCCAGCGCAUCCUGGACGACCCUUCCCCACCGCAGCCCGGCGAGGAGCGGCUCGCGGCUCUGACCGCCGGGGACCGGGCACCGUGGGCCGAGGCGCGGUCGCGGUUCUUCAGCCGCGGCACCAACAAAGCGUCGCUGGACGCCAUCGAGCGCGCCGCGUUCUUCCUGACGCUGGACGAGGACGCGCACGGCUUCAGCGCCGACCACGAGGGCUGCAUGGACGCCUACGCCAAAUCGCUGCUGCACGGGCGAUGCUACGACCGGUGGUUCGACAAAUCCUUCACGCUGGUGGUCUACAGCAACGGGAAACUGGGAGCCAACGCCGAGCACUCGUGGGCCGACGCUCCCAUCAUCGGGCACCUCUGGGAGUUCAUGUUGGCGACCGACAAGUUCGUUCUGGGCUACGGUGAAGGGGGGCACUGCGUGGGGGACCCCGACACGCGGCUCGCGCCCCCACAGCGCCUGCAGUGGGACAUCCCGGAGGAGUGUGGGGCGGCCAUCGAGGCGUCGUACCGCGUGGCCAAGGCGCUGGCGGAGGACGUGGAUUUCUGCUGCUUCCAGUUCACCGCCUUCGGGAAGGGGCUGAUGAAACGCUGCCGCACCAGCCCCGACGCCUUCAUCCAGAUCGCGCUGCAGCUCGCCCACUUCCGCGACAAGGGCGGCUUCUGCCUGACCUACGAGGCCUCCAUGACGCGGCUGUUCCGCGAGGGCCGCACCGAGACCGUGCGCUCCUGCACGGCCGAGUCCACCGCCUUCGUGCGCAGCAUGGCCGACCCCCGGCACAGCCGCUCGGAGCGGCAGCGCCUGUUCCGGCUGGCGGCGGAGAAGCACCAGCUCCUGUACCGCCUGGCCAUGACGGGCGCGGGCAUCGACCGCCACCUCUUCUGCCUCUACGUCGUGUCCCGCUACCUGGGCGUGCAGUCCCCUUUCCUGGCGCAGGUGCUGUCGGAGCCCUGGCGCCUGUCCACGAGCCAAACCCCGCAGCAGCAGCUGAAGAUGUUCGACCUCAACGAGCACCCGGACCACGUCUCCACCGGCGGCGGCUUCGGGCCGGUCAGCGCCGCCGUGGGGCGCCAUGGGGCGCGGGGACCCCCGGGGCAUCGCUGGGGGGGCGGGGGAGCCACCGGUCCGCGGCUGGAGCUCAACCGCGCCGCCCCACUGCGCCGACCCCACCCGAGCCCGACGUGA